AUGGAGAAUCAGUUGCAAAUACUCAAAGAGGGAUUAGAAUACAUUGAGAAGUUCAACAAGGUUGGUAACAAGAGUUAUACAAUUAGUUUAAAUCAAUCUUCCGAUUUAACUAUCGAAGAGUUUAUAGCUUCAUAUACCGGAUUCAAAGCUUCACACAAAGAUUCUUAUUCCAACGCCAUAUCAAAUGCAGUAGUCUUCAACAUCAGAGGUUGCCGGGCAUUUGCAGCUGUGGCAGCUGUUGAAGCUUUCAUAACUUGUUACGAAUUUCUACAACCAAAUUAUGAACAAAAUUUACUAAGAGGUGUGAUAGAACAACCUGUGGCAGUUAAUGUUGUUGCUGGGGAUGAAUUUAAGAAAUACACAAGAGGGCUUUAUAAAGGAACAUGUGGAACCGAGAUAAACCAUUCAAUUGUUAUAGGUUGUUAUGGUGUUAGUCAAGAAGGGGUGAAAUGUUGGAUAAUUAAAAAUUCUUGGAGUAAAGCUUGGGGUGAGAUUGGAUACAUAAGGAUAAAAAGAGAAGGUGAUGGACCUGAAGGUCAUUGCAACAUUGCUACUAGGCUUGUUAUUCCUUGUAUUGAUGGGUAA